AUGAGUGGGCUCAGGGAUAAAAGUGUUGGAAUCUUCUGCUGUCUUGUGUUGCUUGUUGUCAGCUUCACUUCCUUAUAUUUAAGAUAUGUAGUGAGCCUCGUCCCUGCGGACAGUCUGCUGGUGGCCAGUGAGGUGACCAGUGAGGAAAAUCUGAGCAUCAAUUUAGACGACACGCUCAACUUUAGGGCCAGACAGGAGGUUGAAACGCGCACAUCUUGGCAAGCUCCUAUCAUCUGGGAGGGGAUGUUUGACCCCAAACUUUACGACCAAAAGCACAUCCAAAAAAAAUCAUCUGUGGCCCUCACUGUGUUUGCUGUGGGAAGGUACCUGGAUGCCUACCUGAAGACUUUCCUUACCUCUGCAGAACAAUAUUUCAUGUUGGGAUUACAAGUGACAUAUUACGUGUUCACGGAUCAACCAGACAAGGUACCACACCUCGACCUUGGUCCUCAGCGAAGCCUGAAGGUUAUCCAGGUGGAAAAGCACUCCAGGUGGCAGGACAUCUCUAUGAUGCGCAUGAAAACGAUAUCAGAUACCAUAGAAUCAGAGAUUCGUCACCGCUGCAAUUACGUCUUCUGCUUAGAUGUGGAUCAGGAGUUUAAGGGAAGAUUCGGCUCAGAGGCUCUGGGGGAUUCUGUAGCUCAGUUACAUGCAUGGUAUUACAAAGCUCAAAAGCAAAGCUUCACCUAUGACAGAAACCCCAAAUCCAAAGCCUUCAUGGAAAGCGGAGAUUACUACUACCAUGCUGCUCUCUUUGGAGGCCUGUGUGAACAUGUGAAGAAUUUGGCAGAUCACUGCUUUCUGGGUAUCAUGGAGGACAAACUAAAUGAUGUGGAGGCUCUGUGGCACGAUGAGAGUCAUCUAAACAAAUACUUUUGGCUUCACAAACCAACGAGGUUGCUCUCCCCCGAGUACUGCUGGGACCAGGUUAUUAGUGACAACCGGGACAUAAACGUCACCCGCCUCAUAUGGGCACCAAAACACUAUGACACACUUCGUACUAAGUAGGGCUGUCAUAAUUGGCCAAAAAAUAUGUUUGGUCACAUCAAAGUCUAUUGCCAUUAUUUUAAUUUGUCUGACGAUUUUGCCGUUCCCGAAUCUGUUUGUCUCGCCAGUGAAACACUUUCGUUGCCGUCUUUGUGUAAAUGACCCUACUUCUUCACCAGCCCUGGUACUCGGUAGAGUGGAUAGAAGAGCCACAAACUUUAAGAGGAAAGUGCAAAAGUAUUUACUCCAAGUUUUUUUUUAAUGGUUGUCUUUGUCAAGAAUGUCUGAAGGAUUAUGUUCACAA